GAGCCCUGGGCCCUUCAGCGCGCACUGGUGGAUUUGAAUGGCAGAUAGGGCCUUUCCGUCAUAGUUGAACUGGCUUCAAGCGCCCUUCAAGCUGUUUUCCACCGACGGCAAACCGAACGCCCUGCGUCCCCGCCGAAGUGGGGAGACGAACACUCGAUCUCUGGCAACGUUAUAGACGUGUUUGAAAGAUAAGGGGAGGCAAGCACAGAGUACGUAGGGAGAAGCAAAUGUUGGGGUUGUUUUUGUAGCGAGGCCGGGGCCUAUUAUGCACACCCCUAGCCGCCAUGGCCCCUGCCAUCCACCGUGUCAGGUAAACUGACACGCUGUAGACAUUUUGACGGUUGAAGGCAUUUCGGGGGUACAGUGAGUUGUUGGCUGGAUGGGGGCUGGCUAGACUGUGGUGGUGGUUGCGAAGCCCUGUAGUUUUUACCGACUGUUUUACUGGAUGGUAUAAACGUUUUGGUGAUGUGAUGAUGAGGCAGUGAAGGGUUUCACACGUCGGGUAUCCGGCCUGUGGACAGGCUAGGCGGACAGGAAGAAUGCAGGCCCGCAUGUGUGUGAGGACUGUGAACCGUGGCGAGAGAGACGGGUGGGAUAUAAGCGCCAACCCUGUGCCCUGCUGCUACAGCAGACACGUUCCCACUCCGAGGGCAUAUCGUGCCAGCAAGACGACCCGCUCGCCCUGUCAGUGCAGUGCAUGGAAGGGCAUGGGGACGGGGCGAACGCUAGAGCAGGCUGUUCGCCCGCUCUACCCCGUCUUACUACGGCUACUAGUCAUCGCCGUCCUGGUCCACAGAGCACAUUCGGACUCGGCGUGCAGAGUGACCAAGUGUAACUCAGAGUUCGUGGCUAGUACAGCGCCGCUAAACCCGGCGAUCUUUCGGGACCUGGUGCUGUACUGCCGGGCACUACGGCAGGCGACCGACUGCGCCCGGCGUACGGCCAGAAACUGCCGGGGAGACCUGCACUACCACUCCACCAUACGGGGCUUCCAGGCCCAGAUGCAGUCACACAACUGCACGCAUGUACCCACGGACGCACCCGUAGAGGAGUUCCCACCAGUUCGCCCGGGAAGCCCCCACGAGGAACAUUUACCGCCGAUGUGCGCGUACCGCGGCGGCCCCAGCACAGUCUACCGCCACUGCGGGCUUUUCGGGGACCCCCAUUUACGGACGUUCUACGACGACUUUCAGACGUGUAAAGUAGACAGGGCCUGGCCCCUCAUAGACAACGCUUACCUAGCAGUGCAAGUUACCAACGUGCCGGUAGCUGUAGCAGCAUCGCACGGAUUCACCGCAACAGCGACUACUAAGUUGACGGUGAUCGUGAAGGGAGAAGUGGCGGAGUGUGCGCGGGAAAAGGUUUACCAGGCGCAGCAGAACAACCUUCCCGAUGCGUUCGCCGACGGGACGCGCAGCGGCGGGCCGAACGGGAUCCGCAGCCUGGUGCUGGACGUGCGGGUCCCGGGCCGUCACGUGGAGAUCCACGUGCGCUACAUCGACACCACGAUCGUGCUUCGCCAGAUCGGGAACUACCUGACGUUCGCGAUCCGCAUGCCGGAGGACGUGAUUAACACGGGGAACUUCGACGAGGACGGGUUGCAACUGUGCGUGAAAGGAUGCCCGCUGAGCGAGAGAAUAGACUACGUGGAAUUCCUCAGAAACCCUCCGCAGUCCUCCUCGAACACGGUCUUACACCGUAGUGAGAUUGCCAUGCCGAAAGACAUGGCGAUUCAGAAGUGCAGGCAGAGCAACGUGACAGACUUCUACCUGGAUUCCUGUGUGUUCGACCUGAUGACCACGGGAGACGCCAACUUCACACUAGCAGCUAAGAGUGCGCUGGAGGACGUGUACAGAUUGCACCCCAACCCGGGGAGAACUCACCGAAACAGAACGAUCGAGUCUACAAUCUCGGGGUCGCAAACGCCCGUGAACAGCGCCCCGUCCAGAACUCUGCCCAGGCGGACUCUCUCCCUGUACAUGCUACUCAUCUCCUGUAUAAUUUUAUUAACUAAUUGGUCUUAUUUUGUAACAUAACUAAUAUAAUAAUCUAAUAUAUAUUUCAAUUAUAAAAAAGACUUUAUAUACAACGCUCACAGCACACAACAGAUGUACAUAUGUUGAGAAGAAUAUGUUGUGCUGUGCUUUUUCUACUAUUAAUAAUUACGGUAGUAGCAUUAGUAUCGAAGGCACUUCUUAUACCUGUACAAAACUUCCCCGAGCCAAAAUUGAGCGAGGAACAUAACUUAUAAACGCUUCAGGAAACAUCACGACUCUGUGUCGCCACAGAACUCAAGCUCUACCUCUCCUCCCCUUCUCCUGACCACCGGAACACAUUAACAACAUUUAGAUUUAAGAUGCAAAGAAUACUAUUGGUUAGUCGUAAGCUAAACAAGGCGUACUUCCCAAGUAUUAAAGCAAGGUGCCUGAAAAGUAUACAAACCUAGGAGGGCCAGAUUUAAGUCAGAGGCAAACCAAGAAGCAUAUUUUGGGAGAGUGGGCUUAUGUGACCAGUAGACUCUACAUGUAAAGAAGAAUUCUUUAGUAAGGCCAAAAAAACAAUUGCUCAUGCAACUGGAUAUGAUAUUUCAAAGUUAUAUCCAGUUGCUUGAGUGACUGUUUUUUAGCAUAACUAUUACCUGGAUGUCAACUGACCACCCCAUGAAUGUACUUCUUAGUUUGUCCCUCAUUUGAUGUGGUACAACUGUCCCACAAAAUACCACAUCUCAAGCUCAUACCUUCAUAACUGUUCAAGGUUUUGGAAACACUGGAUUUUUCUGGUGUAGACUUCUUUAGUCAACAUGACAGAAAAGGAAAUUUUUACUCAUUUCCCAACUGUAUUCGCAGUUCUGGCCAUGCUCAGCUGACAUUCGAAACCUCGGCCUAACCUACUUCACCUUGCAGUUGAAGCCAUUUGAACAUGGCCGUUCGGUUCUUGUUACCUCAGUUCGGUUCCUGUUGAGUAAAGAUAAAAACACUUUUCCCCUCUACAUUUCACCCGCCUAGACGCAUGUGAGGCUUAGUUGUAUAUUUUAAAUUAUUCAAAAAAGACUUACUAAAAGUAUUCCCCUUCUUCUAAGGAAGUUGUAAAGAAUAAAGGCCUGUGAAAGGUU